AAGAGAAUGUUUCUGUGAGGUUACGAAAUAGCUACUCUGUGCACCCCGAGAUCCGUUGAUAACCGGUAUAUUGCACUCUUUGUUGCAAUGUUAUCGAUUUUCUUUUGAUUGUUGUGAAACAGAAACAACUAUGUUAUACAGUAAGCUUUUGCUUAUCAGUAACGAAGGAAAGUAACUGUACUUACCAGAUUUGGACUGAUUGUGAUAUAAUACUAAUAGUAUAGUACUGUAUGAUACAGCGUAUGAACAAAUUAUUUUCUUUAGGCUGAAUAAUAUUAAUAAGAGAGGGAUCAGAAAAUAAAAUUAAAAAGUAGAGAAUUUCAAUAGUUUUUGUCCACAAUUUUUGCUGAGAUGGCUGGAUCAAAAGUGAAUCAAAAGGGGCAGUCUGAUGAUAGUAGCAUUUAUCGUAUUCCACCAUUUUACUACCUCCAUGUUCUAGACCAGACAUCAAAUGUAACAAGAGUAGAAGUUGGACCACAAACUUACAUUAGGAAAGAUAAUGAAAGGGUAAUUCUUGGUCCUGAUAAAAUGGUAAUAGUACCACCACGCCACUACUGUGUCAUACAAAACCCUGUUGUGCGUGGAGAUGAUCAUUCAAUACAGUAUGAUGCAGCUGGCCUAGUUAAGCUGCAACAUGCAGACCUGGAAAUUAGAUUGGAGCAAGAACCAUUUCCUCUAUACCCUGGAGAAAUCCUACACUUGGAUGUUACACUUCUGAAAGUUGUGCCGUCAAACACAGCCCUUAGAUUACAGGCACUGAGAGAUUUUGAAGAUAGUAAUGACAAGAAAGUUGCUGGCGAUGAAUGGUUAUUCGAAGGACCAGGGACCUACAUUCCUCGUAAGGAAGUUGUAGUUUUGGAAACAGUGAAAGCUUGUGUUAUUAAACCAAACCAGGCCCUUAAACUUCGUGCUCGCACAGAGACAAGAGAUCGAGAUGGUAAAAUGAGGUUCUGUGGAGAAGAAUGGCUAGUCAGGAAAACAGGUGCUUACUUACCAGGUGCCUAUGAAGAAAUUGUAGAAAUUGUUGAUGCCUAUGUUCUGACAGAAAAGGAAGCAGUACAUGUGAGAGCAACCAGAACUUUCCAGGAUGACCUAGGCGUAACAAGGAAGAAUGGAGAAGAGUGGUUGGUUAAGAUGUCAGACACAGAAACUUACAUUCCAGGGGUUUAUGAACAAGUAGUUGGGGUUGUGCCAAUUACAACAUUGUCUAAUCGCCAGUAUUGUGUCAUACUUGAUCCUGUUGGUGAAGAUGGGAAGCCACAACUUGGUCAAAAAAAGUUGGUUAAGGGUGAAAUAUCUUUCUUUCUGAUGCCAAAUGAAAAGCUAGAAAAUGGUAUUCAAGAUAUAAAUGUCAUGGGAGAAGAUGAAGGACUAAUCCUGAGAGCAAGGGAGUCUUUUUUAGAUGACACCAUUCAACCAGCUGUUAAGAGAAACCCUGGUGACAAAUGGAUGAUCCGUGGCCCUGUUGAGUACAUUCCACCAACCGAAGUAGAAGCUAUUAUCAAGCGAUAUUCCAUUCCCCUUGAUGAGAACGAAGGAAUCUAUGUUAGAAACAUCAAAACUGGACGAGUAAGAGCAGUAUGUGGAGAGACAUACAUGUUAAAUCAAGAUGAAGAGUUGUGGCCUAAAGAGCUGCCUUCUGUAGUUGAGGAUCUUCUGUCAGGCUACAAGGACCCUUUAGCUGACAGAGGUGACUGGAACAAGCGAUCCACAGCUGUUGGCUUAGCACAACCAAUUUCUCAAGCUCGUGAAAAGACCAGGGUAGUAACACUUAGGGUACCUCACAAUGCUGCUGUUCAAGUAUAUGAUUACAAAGAAAAAAAGGCUAGGGUUGUGUUUGGACCAGACUUAGUUAUGCUAGGACCUGAUGAACAGUUUACCCAACUUAGCUUGUCUGGUGGGAAACCUAAACGUCCUAACGUGAUUCGUUCUCUCUGUCUAUUGCUUGGUCCAGACUUUUGCACUGACAUUAUUACUGUUGAAACAGCUGACCAUGCUCGUCUUCAGCUGCAGUUGGCAUAUAAUUGGCAUUUUGAGUUUGGUAAUAAGAGCCCUGAGUCAGCUACCAAGCUCUUUAGUGUUCCAGACUUUGUGGGAGACUUGUGUAAGGCUCUGGCUUCUCGGAUUAGGGGAGCUGUAGCUAGUGUCUGCUUUGAUGAUUUUCAUAAGAACUCUGUAAGAAUAAUUCGACUAGCUGUUUUUGGGCAGGAUGAGAACCAAAAAAUUAGAAAUCAGUUUUCUUUUCCUCAAAACAACCUUGUUAUCACUAGUGUGGACAUUCAAAGUGUAGAACCUGUGGAUCAGAGAACAAGGGAUUCACUGCAGAAGUCAGUGCAACUGGCCAUUGAGAUUACUACUCAGUCUCUCGAAGCUACUGCUAGGCAUGAGGCAGAAAGACGUGAGCAAGAAGCAAAGGGUCGUCUUGAAAGACAGAAGAUUACAGAUGAGGUAGAAGCAGAACAUUCCCGAAAAGAACUGUUAGAGCUACAAGCUUCUAGCAUGAUUGUAGAAAGCUGUGGACAAGCUAAAGCAGAGGCCCAGAGCCGAGCAGAGGCUCAGCGAAUUGAAGGUGAAGCUGCAGUUGAGCAAGCCAAAUUAAAAGCUGAAGCCAUGAAAAUUGAAGCUGAGACAGAACUGGAACGAUUAACUCAAGCUCGGACAGCUGAGAUUCAUUACCUUCGGGAACAGAACCGGUUAGAAGUGUUAAAAGCUCAAGAAAUUACAGAUAUUGAGACUCAGAAAUUCAAAAAUAUAGUUGAUUCUCUAGGAUCAGAAACCAUCCGUUCCAUUGCUUUGGCAGGUCCAGAACUGCAGGUGAAGCUGUUGCAAGGACUUGGUAUCAAGUCAACUUUAAUUACAGACGGGAUGACUCCUCUCAACCUUUUCUCUACAGCAAAAGGUCUUCUUGGAAUUACAUCUUCUAAAGCUCUUGAGGAGUCAUCUAAGGGGGAAGAGGACACUUAAAAGUACUCUGCAAAGUAAACACUUAAAAGGUUGGAACUGUUUUUGUAUCCAGAUUUCUGAAGAACAUCCACACCUAUUAUAGAUUUCACAUAGCUAAUUGUGUGUGUGUAAUUUGAAUAUGCAAUUAUUUCAUUCUAAAAUAGUUUAAUAUAAAUUAUUAACUGUUGUGUUUUAACUAAUGUUUUAUUACAUCAAUUAAAUUCCUUUAUCAGUUAACAAAGGAGUGCAUUUAGCAUUAAGGGUUCACUCCAUUGUAGUAACUUCAAGCUUUAUAUAAAUGUUCUUGUUAAUAACUCUGAAAUGAUUUUCUGAUUUUAAACUAUUCCAGAUGGUUAAAAGUUAUGAAAGUUUGUUUUAAUCAACAAAUUAUUCUAAGGAUGCUAAAUUAAUGCCCAAGUGUACUAUGAGAUAGUUGGAAGUACACAGCUGUUCUCUGUCUGAAAGUGAAUCAUGUACUUUGUGUGAAGUAAAGUGAUAGAUAAUAACUGUAUGUCUGAAAUAGAUUUAGUAUUAAAGUAAACAUGUAGUUUUGACUUUAUGUUUGACCACUAUUCUGUUGAAUUCAGUGAUUUUCUUGUUUACUGGAAUAUACCUAAUGAAAUUUAUAUUCAUGUACUUACAAUAAAAUAACAGGUAUUAAAAAACAGGAUCAUUCUCUCUGUUGUACUUUUUUUUCUUAUUGCUGGUGAUACAGCUAGAUAUUUCUGCUGGUUUGCACAAAAAUUGCUUUGUAUUGAUUUUCUCAUCUGAAAGAGAAAGUCAAAAUGUUAAAGCAUGCUUAAAAGUAAGUGUAUUUUUUUUAUUCAUUAUUAUAAUUUGUUAUAAACUUAACUUGGGCAAAGUAAAUUUUACUAGCAUUGAAACUUCAAUAAACUGCACUUGCUUGAAGUUUAAAGAUGUAUAAACUUGUCUUUAUGCUGUGGUGCUCUCUGGUGUAAUUUUUAUUAUUAUUCAUAUGCAAUUUUUAUUUUUCACAUCAUAUGUUUUGAAGAUUAUGUGUAAAAGAAGAUUUAGGAAGUGGGUUAGGGAUCAUUUAGGAUAGAGUAAAAGAACUUCGCCCACCUAAUGUAGCUUGUAGAAGUUUUCAAACAACUUUGUUUAGAUUAUGAUCAUGAAGUUAGAAAUAGCAUCUUAUAUAUUAUGUUGGCUGUAAUAGAAUAGAAUAAACCAUUUGCAAAACUUUG